AAGAAAAAGGGGAUUGUUGGAGACCGUGCAAAUCAAGCAUUUUGUGCACGCGCCCUCUCUAUUUGCUCCUUCUCUCCCUCACUCACUUCAACGGCGCCGGAGAUUCCACGCUCCUCUUCUCCACCGCCGCGAUGGGCGCCAAUUCCAUGCUCUCCGAGUCCUCUCACGAUCUCGAUGAACAGAUCUCCCAGCUCAUGCAGUGCAAACCACUCUCCGAGCAACAGGUCAGAGGUUUAUGCGAGAAGGCCAAGGAGAUUUUAAUGGAUGAAAGUAAUGUUCAGCCUGUUAAAAGCCCUGUGACAAUUUGUGGCGAUAUUCAUGGGCAGUUUCAUGAUCUUGCUGAACUGUUUCGAAUUGGAGGGAAGUGUCCAGAUACUAACUACUUGUUUAUGGGUGAUUAUGUGGACCGAGGUUAUUAUUCAGUUGAGACUGUAACACUCCUUGUGGCACUGAAAGUGCGGUAUCCUCAGCGAAUUACUAUUCUUAGAGGAAACCAUGAAAGCCGGCAGAUUACUCAAGUAUAUGGAUUUUAUGAUGAAUGCCUUAGAAAGUAUGGUAAUGCUAGUGUUUGGAAGAUCUUUACAGACCUUUUUGAUUUUUUUCCAUUGACUGCUUUGGUUGAAUCAGAAAUAUUCUGCUUGCAUGGUGGACUGUCACCUUCAAUUGAGACCCUUGAUAACAUUAGGAACUUUGAUCGUGUUCAAGAGGUUCCUCAUGAAGGACCCAUGUGUGAUCUAUUGUGGUCCGACCCAGAUGACAGAUGUGGCUGGGGAAUUUCUCCUCGUGGUGCUGGAUAUACUUUUGGCCAGGAUAUAUCUGAACAAUUCAAUCACACAAACAGCCUUAAGUUGAUUGCUAGAGCUCAUCAGCUGGUUAUGGAUGGAUUUAACUGGGCUCAUGAACAAAAGGUGGUUACCAUUUUUAGUGCACCUAAUUACUGUUACCGAUGUGGGAACAUGGCUUCCAUAUUGGAGGUUGAUGAUUGCAAGGGUCACACAUUUAUCCAGUUUGAACCUGCUCCUAGGAGAGGAGAGCCUGAUGUGACUCGAAGAACGCCUGAUUACUUCUUAUAAUGUAGCUGCUGAAUGUCAUACUGGUAUAUCAUGGUUUACCUCUACUGCACUAAUUUGUAGUUGCGCAUCCUCAUCAUGAGAUUGCUGUAAGCAUUUAAAUCCAUGGAUAUACUCGUUCCGUGCUUUUGGGGUUGUCCAAAGACUGCUUUGAUGUAUAAUAGGCAGGUAACAUUCCACUGAUCUGUUACGCUCGAGAACUUGCUGGAUACCUUUUCUGGAGAAGUCGCCAAGAUGAUGACUGUCAGAAUACAUAUUGUUCCAGCAAAGUGUGGAUAUUUUUUGUUUGUUUUUCCCGUCUUUAUUUCCUCUCUCUCAUGUUCAGUACCUCCAUUUUAUGGCUUUACAAGCUAUAUUGACUGGAUUUUUUGUCUCGUGGAUGUUUUUGUCAUGUUCUAUCAUUUUUCAGUUAAAGUUGCAUGAUAAUAGUGAUUCAGUUUUGUUCUUACGAA